UCGGACCACGAAAUACAGCUAAGAGACCACAUCUGGGCCUUUGGAAAUCUCGGACAUCAUUCCGGACUUCCAGUUAUCCUUCAACACAUUGACCACGAUAACUCUGGUAUACGAUCGGCAGUGAUCUCAGCAUUACGCAAGCUUCCUCCAGAGCACACGAAUCAACACUUAAUGAAUGCACUAUACGCAGAUGAACAUCCCGAUGUUAAAACUGCCGUUAUUAAUAUCUUUGUUGAGCGUCAUCAACAUUUAAGCGACUCAGUGGUAAAAGGCCUAGAGCAUGCGCUGUGGCACGCCCCAGAAAGCGAAACUCUUGAUUCUAUGAUUAUUCAGCUCAUUGAAAAUCACGGUGACCACCCCAAGGCACUUUAUUUAAGGAAAAGACGACGAGCAAUUCAUCGCCAAAAACGUGCUCUCUUUCCAUUCCUCCGGCCAAGAGAGUUUGCUCUUGGCCGGUCCAAGCGAUGGUUGAAGACCUAUGGUGGUAAGUGGCUUGGAGCCGAAUCAAUCAUACAGUUUAUUAAUCAGGUAAAACUAAGAAUUGGCAUUUUUGGGGGAAAUUUUGAGAUUAAUCUUGACAACUAUGCGCAUAUUCAUGCCUACAUUCUCAAGUUUGGAUUUGAAGUCGUCCGAGGUAAAGCUGCUUUUAAGGCAUCCGCCAGUUUUAAGAAUGAUUUCCCGAAAGAUCUCAUCCACGCCGUUGCAGAUGCUGGAGACGAUCUCCUUAAGCAGUUUGAUAGUAUUACGAGCGUGAUUGCUGAACAGAUAAACCAGUUUAUCAGCAAACUUGCUGGUUAUUUACCAUUGCACAUCGACAAAUUUACAGAGUUCGUCAACAAGCUCGUUCAGUUUGUGCAGAAUCUGGUGCAGCCUUUACGACCGAUUAAUGUGAUUGGAAAAAUCAUAAAAUUUACCAAAGAUGUUCUAAGCCGCCUCAAGGACUGGAAGUGGCUGACAGACAUGAUAAAGAAAAUACAACAAAGUCUCGGAAGGCUGACUGCCAUAGACGACGUUUUUAAAAACGUUAUUGCAGCUCUGGACAACAUCCUCGGCAUUGUGGGUAAAAUAACAAACUAUUUGCCCCAUAAUCUGCCGGGAAAUUUCAAUAUCAAGACACUCCUGAACAUUCUUCGCUCGGUCUCUGUCGACCUGCAUUUUGACAAAAUCAAAGAAUAUUUCAAUUCCCUAGGGAUGUCUGUUCCUAACGGUUUCCGUUUCCAGCUUCCGUUCAAGUUCUCCAUCCGCCUUUCGUUUUCUCUGGAAACAUUUCAGAAAAUUUCCUUAAAUCUUCUAAGGUUUGCCAAUCGUUUCCUGGAUAUGUCUUCUUUGCUUGAUUUUCUCCAAAGCAUUAGAUUCCCCAGGUUACAGUUACCAGACAUGAACCAACGAUUCCCUUCUUUUCAAGGGAGCGGUUUUAACUUUGGUCUACGUUUUGAUUGGCGAAUCCGCCUAAAGUUCAAGCUCAAUCUGAAAUCACUGGGCUUCCAGAAUUUUAUCACUGUUUUAGAGAAACUUGGAGACUUUUUAGCACAGUUCAAACUCCCGGGUUUCGAUCUCGAAAAGUUUUUUGAAGAAAUAUUACCUGGCAAGAACUUAGAUCUUGGACUACUUUUCAACGAGCUUUUGGGCGGAAACUCUAACUCGAAUUUUACUAAUCCGGGUGACGUUCUGCAAGAAUUCCUAGAGAAUCUUCUUGAAGUCCUUGACGUUCAAUAUGCGAAUGUCUCUGCAAUAGGUGAUAUCACAGAUUUCUUUCAGGAGCUCGGGCCGGCAAUGGAGCAGUUCGCGGAAAAGAACGUACAGCGUAUCUGUGGAUUGUAUAAACUGGCUUUGAAUUCAUCCCAGGAAUUUAAGGAGUUUGGAGAAAAUGUUGAGCAGGAAGGAAUUCAAGUGCUUCAGCUCGUAGAGAAUACUACCCAAAGUGCACUAACGGAGCUCCUUAACUUUACUGUCCUUGUAGAUUCUCUAAUAGACGAAAUUCAACUUAACUUCACCACGGCUGCAAAAGGAUUCGUCUCAGACUCGCUGCAAGAGCUCACAGGCAAACUGAAAGAUAUUCAGAAUCUUGCAAAUGAUAUAGUGGACUUUGCCAAUGGGACAGCCUCAAAAGUCAAUGGUGCAUGCACCAAAGCUGCAAAUUUCUCCGCUGACGUAAUAGAUAAAGUUCAAGAAAACGCUCGUGAAGCACUUAUGGAGCUAGGAUCGUUCAUUGGACCUGUUGCCACAAACAUAAAAAAGGUUGGAGGACAGUUGAAAUCCGCUGUGUCUAAUGUCGAGACGUGGUAUGAAGAGAACAUGGCAGCUCGUGUCGGGAAGAUUUCUCGCGUUGCCCAGAUCAUAUCAGAUUUUCUUUCAGUUCUUAACACAAAGAAAGGGUUUCUGAAAUCCGUUCGUGAAAUAGCUGCUCGAAUCAACGAGGCCCUUGCGCGUCUCCGGAAUCUUCCAGCGUAUGCGAAUAAAGCAAGGAAAACAGUUGAUGAUAUACUUAACUUUGCAGACAAAGCUCAAGACUACGAAAAAGAGAUCCAGAAGCUUGAUAUAAGAAAGCAAUUUGGACUUGACUUUGAUCAGCGAAUAAGAGAUGUCUGCAACGAGUUUAAGACCAUCGCUGUUGAGACGCUCGACAAGUUUGGAAACUAUGACAUUGUCGAAGAAGUUGAUACGUUUUUCAACAAAGAGGCCGAUAAGCUCAUAAGCAAAGCCGUGUCGAAGUUUCUUAGAAUUAAAAAACCCAUCGACGAGAUGCAAGACGAAUUACGAAAUAUCAAGGCCAUGGUGCGUGAAAUGAUGGGUGUCUUAAUAGAGCUGAAGCCUUUCACCAACAAUCUUUCGCCUAUUUUAGAGACGGCAGGUCAACUACCUGACUGCAAGCAGAUCAAGAAUAUACUCAUAGAGAGCACUAAACCAUGCGUCCGCAAAGCUUUUGGGGUUGGGAGAUACGUCAUCGAUCAGUACAAGGACUUCAAUAAGGAAGUGAGAGUUCUAUAUGACAUGGUUCCGGCUACAUGGAAGAACUUUAAAAUACAGAAGUGUAUCAAGGGUGGAACUUGCAUUUCCAAAGCUUUUAUUGAUCAAGCUAAAACCAUUAAAGAUAAGGUUGAUGUCCUUAAAGACAACUUUAAAGAAGCGAGUGGAUACACUGACCUGCUUCAAACUUGCGAACAAGGGGUUGAUAACAUCACAGCUGUUAUCGACACGGUGAAAAUGUUAGUGGAACAAGUCCAGAAUUUUUCCCUUAAAGAUGAUGUUCAAAGAGUAAAGGCGGUUUUCCAAAAGAUCACUGGCCGACAGGCCGAGAACAAUGAGGGGAGUGGCAUUCAAAAGCGCUCCAUAAAAGAAGUAAAAGAAAGAAUCGAAAGAAUCGUGGACUAUGUACAGAAGGCAAGGGAAACUCAGAAGAAAAUGCAAGACUUGCUCGAAAACACAUUCAAAGCAAUGAGAAAUGUCUACGAUGAUGCUGUUCUAGAACAUAUCAAAGCGGUUGAAGAUGUGCGUUCUAAACUUAAACUAUCAUACGAACUUUGGAAAAAGACAAAGAAUAUCAACCACGUCCUGCAAGCAUUAGAUAGUGUUACCCAAGAUGCUUCAAAAUAUGCUGAGAGCUUAAAAGGUGUGACGAAUUCAUUCUCGAGCCCAAUUAUCGACCUCUUAUCUGAAACGGGAGAACUCAGUGAUGUUGUGAAGCCCUAUCUUAACAAAUACGCCACCAAAUUCACUGAUACUAUUACAAAAGUCAACAACUUUCUGGACAAGGUUACAGACUUUCUUAACAAGCUACAGCUGCGACAGAGAGGACUAGACCCCAGGGCUUACAAACCCUGGGAACAAAUACCCUAUUGUUCGGAAGAAGUUUGUGUACGAUCAAUCAAACGAUCGUCAUCACUUUACUUAAAAACCAUUUUCACUUGGAAGUUCCCACAUCUAGAUGACCUUUCCUCUAUGGAAAAGAGUGGGCGUUGGCUGACCCCAGGUUUGUUUGAUGAUUAUAAACUAGAGGGAAUCUCAAGGCUCUCCAGAAGCGAGGUUAUUUUGGGUAUGCAUGGAGUCUCUAGCAACAAAGGGAAAGCAUCACUUUUAGUAAUAACCAACUUUGGUAAUGGAGUCAAAAAGAUAAUUCAACUUGGUAGUCAAGGAAGUCCUCUAGUUGUAAAAAUAGGAGGAGUAGCUGUUGCUCGAGAUUACAUCUGGAUCAGUGACAGCGCGUCAAAAAAAAUUUAUUCCGUAAAGAAAUCUAGUGUGACAAGUUCGUUUUCGUCGCCAAAGCCAUCUUGGGUUGGUUUGUCCAAAUCUGCGUCAGUUGAAGGUACUGCAACUUCUCUUUCUUACGAUGAGCCAUCCAAUGUCCUUUGGGUAACAGACGGCAAAGGUGGAAAGGCCUACGGCUAUAAGCUAUCUGCUAACGGGGAUCUGUCUCCUUCUGGCUUAACACCCGACAGAGUAAUCAUCAUCGGAACAAACGCGCAAGGCAUGGCUAUCGUCAGACAGUUCAGUACCGAGUAUGUUUGCAUCUCGAAAUGUGCCAUGAUUUCUGGUUUCCAAUGUAAGCUGGAGUUCCAUGACAUUAGUGGUGGUGAUGAGACCGGAGAAAACACGCUCUCUAGAGUCGUCAGAACCCCCUCGGGCUUAGAGUCCGUCUCCAGAGUUGACAGUGAAGUAAUCGCAGUGGCGUUCUCAAGUGGUACUUAUGCUGAGAAAGAUAAUGUAGAGCUUAUAGGUGGUGACUUUGAAGAAAGAUAUUUCUACCUAAGACUUCCGAUUUUGAAAAUGACUUUUGGAAUCCAAGAGAACUGCCUGUUCUUUACGGUUAUGAAUGACUACAUUCUGCGACCGCGGCGGUUGUUUCCAUUCGGAGACAUGAUUUGCGGAACUACCCGAAAGCGAAGCACCUCGCAAGAGCUAUUGGAGUCUGAUUCUGAUGUUUACUCUGAGCAACUGGAAGAAGAUCAUAAGAGCAAUAGGAGAAUGCGCAGGCAAACCUCAGAUCUUGGAUCAUGUAUGACUUUGUUCCGUGGAAAUGUUCUUAGGGGAUAUCAGAAAUUCUUCCCUGAAUAUUCACAAACCAUCAUUGUGUUUGGCAUACCAGUAAGACUGUUCGCUGGGGCUGGUGGCUAUUAUAGUGUAGACUAUCAAGGGCAAGUUUGCACGAGAGACAAAGUUUUCAGACUUGGCCUCAUUCCUGGAGCUUGGAUCUCUGUAUACGCUGGUGCUUCUUUAUCAAUUUUUAUCGUAGAAGCUGGAAUUACGAUUGAAGCAAGACUUCUAGAAUCCUACUUCGUACCAGAACUACGAAUCAAGAUCGAUAAGUGGCCGCUUAAAGCUUGCAUAGAACUUAAGUUACGAAUGACUCCACUUCGCAUCAGAGUUUGGUUGUGGUACAGAUUCCGUCUUUGCAUUAGGAUCAGAUGCAAGUUGUUUGGAUGUAGUAUAAAGAUUAGAUGGUGUUCGAAGAAGACCCUUGCGGAGUGGUGGUGGUCAGCGAGAACGAUCGACCGGACGCUCUUUACAAAUUGCCACCAAGAUGUUGAUACGACGCCUCCUGUUGCUGGUGAAUGUACUGCAAGGCAAGCUGCUGACAAAAAAUAUUUCGUACAGUGGCAUGGAUUCUACGAAGAUACUAAAAUCAACAACUACCACGUCAGGAUAGGAUCCAUUCAGGGUUCUGGCGAUGACUACUCUGCAUGGGUGGAAACAUCUUUAAGCGUAGUUGUCGACGAUCUUCCAAUAAUGCACGGACGAGAUGUGUAUGUCAGUGUAUUGGCGACAAAUGACAUGGGGCGUGACAGUAAGUUAGUUAACUGCCCUAAAUUUACGGCGAGACGUAAGAGUCCUCAGAUUCGGUAUGUCUACGAUGGUGUCAAUGAACAUCAAGAUGUGGAUUAUCAGUCAGAUACGUACGCUUUAGGUAUGAAUUUUGCCUUCAAGAGCAAUAUAGAGGAUAUCGCAUACACAAAAUGGGGAGUAUCGUCCUCUCCCAGCUGCACGUUUAACGAAGCUGAAGCAGAUAUCGUUCCCUUGACCACUCUCGGUGACUCAACUACUAUCCAGACUUCUGGCCUGAAUUUGAUUCACGGCAAAAAAUAUUUCACACGCCUUUAUGCGAUGGAUUUGUUUGGAUUAAAAUCAGUCAUGUGCAGCAAUGGUAUUUUGAUUGACACGACACCUCCUUUUGCCGGGUAUUUCCAGGAUGGUGCUGGUGAAGCUGAUGCAAUGUUUCUCCCAUCGCUAAGGCGUGUUCGGGGAAAAUUCGAUUAUUUCAAAGAUCCUGAGAGCCCUCUGGUGAGAUAUGAGUGGAAGAUUUCAAGAAACAACACCGAUGAAGAUGUAACGUCAUUUGUAGAUAUUGCACUCACUCAACAGACACCCUUCAUGGAUGGCCUUUCUCUUGAAGCUGGUUUAACUUACAAACUAGUACUCCGUGGAACAAACGCGGCAGGACUUCAAACAGUUAUUGAGACAAAUGGAUUUGUGCCAGAUAAUACACCGCCGUAUUGCGAAGAGGCUGCUAUUGACGUAACGAACGAUGAAGAUUUACUUGAUGUAGACUUUGUUAGAAAAUUGAGCAGUAUUCAAGCAAAAUGGAAAUGUGUAGAUCAGGAAAGUGGCCUUCGCGCACAACUGGUGGGAGUUGGUACUUAUCCAGGAGGAGAUGACGUGAGAGCAUUUGAAGAUGUCAACUUCGUUACCCACAAAGUCAUCCAAGGUGGUAUGCUAUUUGCGAGUUUCUCUGAUGUCAAUAUUCUUCCGCGAGUCAGAUAUCACGUCACCAUUAAGAUCAUAAAUGGAGCUAACCUCAAGAAAACUAUUUGGUCCGAUGGAAUUAUCAUUGACAAUACGCCGCCCACAGUGGCUUCACAAUACAUUAAAGAUGGCGUAGAGGGAAGGGAUAAGAACUACACUAGUGAAAGAUACACCUUUAGUGCGCACUGGGAACAAGCAUUUGCAGAUUCAGAAAGCAGCCUGGUUGAGUACCGCGUUGCUUUAGGGACUAACCCUGGAUUCAGUGACAUUCAGAAUUUUAAGACAGUUGGCUACCAAACCAGAGUGACCAUUGGAGGUCUUUUCCUGAGCAGUGGUCAGCGUUAUUUUGUUACAGUUGUUGGCUGCAACGGGGUUGGUAUGUGUAUUAAUGGCAGUAGUAACGGAGCUAUUGUGGACUUUAUUCCUCCACACACUGGAAAAGUCAUCACCGGACUAACAGGCCCUCCUCAGUUGUUUCAAUGGAUUAGUAAAUCAGUAUGGGCAAGAUGGAAUUGGUGUUUAGCGGAUGAGAAGAGAGUAUUUGGACCAGUCGACUCUAGUCAGUGCAGCAACGACAGCUUCUACGAUGUACAUAGUGGCGUUGCAGGUUUCGGUAUUUCAGUGGCCUCUUUGAAGAAUGACGACCUAUUGGCAGCGCCUAAGACGGCUGGACGGGUUAGGGUUACUGGGCGCAACAUUGACCUCGAAGAUGGAAUGUACUCAGUGGUUAUUGAAGCAAAAGAUAAAGCAGGUCUUGCUGCUCGCGGUUUAUCAAAUACAUUCAUCGUUGAUACUAGUCCCCCUCUAAUAACGUACAUUCAGCAUGGACAUUUUGGCGAAACAUUGGCAGCUAUUAACAAACCGCGUAUCACUUUCAGAGCGUAUUUUGAAAUUGAGGACGAUUUAUCGAGAGUUGCGACGUACAAGGUGGGAGUUGGAAGCUAUCCUGGGGCUGAUGACGUCAUGAGAUUCCAGUUGAUUCCAUUAAGUAAACCAGAGUCUUCACUGAGAGCCAACUGGACAGCGCCAAACUUGUUGUCCUUGGAAAGCAACCGACGUUAUUUUAUUACCAUUUGGGCCAUCAACAACGCUGGGUUGUUUAGCAUCAAAUCAUCGCCCCCUCUACUCUCUGACCUAGAACCCCCAAAAGGGGGAAUCGUCCUAGACGGAUGGGGCUCAGCUGAUGCCCAGUAUCAAAGCUACUCCACCCUUUUCCGUGCCCAUUGGUAUGGCUUUAUUGACUUCUCUGGUAUUGAAACAGUACUAUUAGGUUUAUCGAGCAAGGCAGACUCAAUAAGCUGCGAUGUGAAGAAGGAACAGAUUGUUCCAUCCAAUUCAAACUAUCAUGUCUUAUUUGGGCUGAACUUGACUUCUGGUCAGAGAUACUACGCAUGCCUCAAAAUGACAGACAGGGCCGGGAAUCAAGCGUUUUUUCACUCUAACGGAGUGACUGUGGAUAGCACUCCUCCCCUUCUAGGCUCUGUGACCGAUGGAAGACCUGGAAUGGAAAUUGACGUACAAAUCGAGAGUUCAGUUCUUCGAGCCUCUUGGUUUAACUUUACCGAACAAGAAACAAAAAUAUUAACUUAUCAGCUGGCAUUUGGCACGUCUCCUGGAGCCCAGGAUGUGCAACAAUUUACAGAUGUUGGGCUCGUAAACACAGCUGCAAGCUCUAGAUUACAAAUUUCAGAGUUGACUAGUGGCAGUCGUUAUUAUGCGACAGUGAUUGCAUUUAAUCUGCUUGGUAUGCCUAGUGCAAUGGUUUCCUCCAAAGGUGUUUUGGUGGAUUUCACACCUCCCGUUUUCUCAGAGCCUGUUCUCGAUGGUGACGAUCCAAAUCAAGACCUAAGUUUUACUUCAGGAAGUUCCUUGGCUGCCACAUGGACCUGCGAUGAUUCAGAAACAUCUUUAGCGUCCAUAGAGAUUGCCUUUGGUUUACAGCCUGGAGAAGACGAUGUUAUGAACUUCACAAGCUUGCCGAUUCACAAAACAUCGUUUACAACAGCGGGCAAUCUUCAACUGGGAUAUCGUUACUUUGCAACGAUAAAAUGCACCAACAAUGUGGGCCUUAAGGCAAUUGCUGUUUCGAACGGUGUUGUCUUUGAUGACACUCCUCCAGAUUUAAUUUAUGUCCAAGAUGGGAAAUACCAAUACUCUACAAGAAACUUGACUGUAGAAUUCAAAUUUGCUGACUCGGAGAGUGGUGUAAAAGAAUAUGCAGUGAAGGUAUUCAGCUCAGUCGAAGACGCUCACGGAUCCUUCAGUUUCAACGGCAAUGUCUCCACAGCGGCUUUGAUUUUAGCCAAAGAUCUUGAUGGUGGGAGAAGGUAUUUUGUCAAUGUGACAGCAGUGAACGGUGUUGGGUUGGAAACUACUAUGAAAUCAGAUGGAUUCACCGUGGAUACUUCACCUCCGGUAUGCUUGCACGUAUGGGAUGGUCAGGGAGAUCUUCAGCAGGACUUAAAAUACGUUCCAAGCUCAAGCAAACUGAGCAUUUCAUGGUUGUGCUAUGAUAAUGAAUCCCCGAUACUUCGCUAUCGUUUCUCAGUUAAAAACUUACGCACGAGCGAAUACGCUAUUCCUUUUUAUACUUUAAAGACACCUGUAAACUCCACAGGGACUGCAAUAAUAACAGGAGGAGGUCGAAUUUCAACAGACUAUAAAGAAGGAGAAACCUACGUCGUUGGUAUUGAGGUUCUUAACGCUGUCGGCCUGUCCUCAGUAAAUUGGACGGAUGGUGUUAUCAUUGAUAGCUCACCUCCUGAAGUGAACGACUUAAAAUUAACAUAUGAUCCAAAUAAUGAUUCUGUGAGCGCUUCAUGGACUGCGAAGGAUGACCAAAGUGGACUCGAGUCUGUCGCAUGGGGAUUGGGAACUAAUCCAGAGAGUAACGACAUCAGAAACUUUACUAAAGUGUCAAUUUCUAUGUCAAGCGUUUUGAUUUCAGAUAUUCCUUUGCUACUUGGUCGGACGUAUUUCUUGAGGCUCCUUGCUGUAAAUAACGCCGGCUUAUCUAGUAAGACAGCAUCAAAUGGUGUCAUAAUCGACCGAACUGCGCCGGACCCUGGCUUUGUGGUUGCUCAGUAUGUUUUCCCAACCAAUUAUGAUCGGAACAAGAAUGAAGUACCAGGAUCAUUGAUGGUGGUAACUUGGACAGGCUUUGUAGAUCCUGAAAGUGGUAUUAGACAGACUAGUUGGGCUGUUGGUGAAGAUCUUCUUUCGCUUAAAUCAAGUGUCGACGAUUUUUAUACCGAUGUUAUCGCAGACGACUCAGUGGGUGGAGUGGUGAUCAGUAAUCAAACCCUCGUCGGAAAUAAGACUUACUUCGUCUGCAUUCGAGUUAGAAAUGGCGCUGGACUUCAAAGAACUGAUUGCUCGUCUGGAUUGUUUGUCAUACUUGGAAAGUUUUCUGCUGGGGUAGUAAGCGAUGGCCCAGUAAUUUCAGCGAAGGAUAUUGACUUCCAACUAGACGACAAAGCAAUUUGGGCGCACUGGAGUGGCUUCAAGGAUCCAGUAUUUGGUAUCUUCAGGUAUGAUUGGUGCAUUAGGGAUCAACCGCCUAACCCUUCUGGAUCUGAUCUUUGUAAGUGGCCAUUCUUGGAGUCACAUCAUCUGAAAACGUCCACUAACCGCUUCCACAACCUGACACUUGAACACGGCAAGAAAUACUAUGUUACAGUGAGAGCUGAGAACUACAGAGGAGAGCAUGUCAGUGCUUCAUCGGAUGGUGUUGUUGUCGAUCGAACGCCUCCAAUAGGAAAGUCACUUCAAAUAUUUCCCACAACUGGAAAAGGAAGUUUGUACGUGAAUGCACCUUCUGCCCCUGUAGUCACGUGGUCCAUAGACGAUCCUGAAAGCGGUAUAAGCCAUUUUCUUGUGGGUGUAGGUAGUUUCCAAUUCCAAGACAACUUGCUAGGGUUUCAACGUGUAGACAGCCUUAGUCGUUCCAUCGACUUGGACCAACUUAAUUUUACUCUCCACCAAGGACUAGUCUUUCACGUAACAGUUAUUGGAGUCAACAUGCUUGGCCUGAAAACCACUCUGACAUCACAGCAAGUUGUAGUGGACUGGACGCCACCACAAUCUGGUCUUGUAAUUGAUGGAAAUCUUACCUCCAUGGGUAGUCAAGAAUUCUUCGAUAUAGAUUAUCAGUACGAGAAUGGGGUACUGUCUGCCCACUGGAAAGGAUUUCAAGAUACUGAGAGCGGUGUCGUUGAAUACAGCUGGUGUGUUGGAACAACGCAAGGCGCCUGCAACGUACACAACAUGACGUCUGCAAGUCUCCAAACAAGAGCGCAUUCUUACGUUGUCCUUAAAGAAGGUCAGCGGCACUUCUUUACAGUAGAAGCUCUAAAUGGUGCUGGAUUAAAAGAAACAGCUUACUCUGACGGCGUUAUGCUGGACAGUACUCCGCCAAGCGUUGGGGAAGUUUUACUGGCUAGUACCUCCUCAUCUGUCCAGUGGUGCAACGUUUCUAAUAAUUCUUCAUGCAACAUCAAGCAACAAAGUGAUCGUUUGUUAUCGUUUUCCUGGGAAGCACCUUUCGAUACAGAAAGUGGAAUUUCUUCUGUAGAGUGGUGCGCUGGCUCAAGACCGGAAUUAUGUGAUAUUGUCCCAUGGACAGAUGUAGAAAGAAGUAGAACGUGGAUCAAGCACUCUCUUUCGCACCCGCUUGCAUCAGGGGCUAUAGUAUUGAUUAGAGUUAAGGUGACAAACGGUGCUGGCAUGAUAUCGACUGCCAUCUCUAAACCGCUGCUUAUUGAUAAUACUGAGCCAACAAAGGGUGCCGUUAUAGUAGGAAACACAUUGGAAACUGAGUACCUGCGUAAAGAAGAGCCUGUUACGGCAGAUUGGAGCGGUUUCUCUGAUCAAGAGAGUGGAUUGAGUCGCUUUGAGUGGGCUGUUUGUCACGCUGGUUCUACAAAAGACUGCAUCACUCCGUUUGUCGAUGUUGGACUUAAAAGGAGCAUAAGGAAUUCCGCUCUUGACAUCAAACCUGGAGUUUGCUAUGUUGUCGUGGUGCGGGCCCACAACAAGGUGGGGUUGUUUAGUGAGGCUGUGUCUAAUCAGUUCAUGCUUGACCUCACGGCACCGAUUUCCGGCAUUGUAUACGAUGGCUCGGACGAGAGAAAUGACGCAGCACUGCAGAUAUCUGAAAGUGAAAUUUCCGCCAAUUGGUCGCCGUUUGCAGAUUCUAAUAGUAGAAUAACCGAGUACGAAAUGUGUGUGGGAACAGCACCAGAAAAAUGCGAUGUAAGUGACUUUGUUAGUUUUGGAAUGGCUCUUAAAGGUACAAUCACUGGUUUAAGUCUGAAUCACUCUGGGCGAUAUUUUGUCACUGUUAGAGCAACGAACGAGGUUGGCUAUAGCAGCUUGGCAGCCUCUAAUGGUAUUCAAGUUGACAGUACUCCUCCUGUUGCGGGCAAAGUCAGAGAUGGGAAGACACUUGCGGACAUUGAUUUCCAAGCUGGCGGUGCAUUUAUUUAUGCCAACUGGGACGAGUUUCAGGAUGUAGAGUCUGAGGUAACCAGGUACGCAUGGUGCGCUGGAACAAUAAAGGGAACCUGUGACAUCAUUCCUGAAACGGAUGUUGGUGAACACACUGCUUUUGGUCAGCAGAUUCGUCCUUCCUUAGCUACAGGAAUGGCUGUGUUUGUGACGGUUAGUGCUUACAACGGUGCAGGGGCAGUUACAAGGAGGUCUUCGGACGGUGUUAUAGUAGACAGCACCCCUCCUGAUAUCUCUAAGGUAUUCGACCUACAGUUACGAUCGCCUUUUGGUGAUAAAGACUACAUAACUGCCAAAGACGCUUACUGUGUCAGCUGGGAAACAAAGGAUAUUGAAAGUAGUGUAUUAAAGAGCGAAGUGUCCAUCUGUGCAGCCAUCGACGAGACCAACUGUUUGCUACAGCAGAUGGAUGUUGGAAAUCGUACUAUAAUUUGCAUUGCUGACUUAGAGCUUCAAGAGGGCGUGAAGUAUGUAACAACAGUUCGUUCUACAAACGUUGUUGGUGGAUCUAGAGAGUCGUCAUCGGAUGGCUUCGUGGUUGACUCAACUUCCCCAGUAGUGGGUGAAAUCAUGCACGUUGAGAAUCUACCUUUAGGAGAAGGUUCUGAGGUGUUCACCGACUCGGAGAUAUCGGUAGAGUGGAGUGGAUUCUUUGACAAGGAGAGUAGAGUCGAGAAAUAUUAUCUUUGUGUGGGCACCCAGCCUGGCGAAUGUAAUAUCAUGAACUUCACUGACCUAGGUAACGCUUCUAGUUACACUCUGCGAAACCUGCAGCUUCUUCAAGGCGAGACGUACUUUGUUUCUAUAAGGGCACAGAACAGAGCUGGUCUGGUCAGUGAUGUUAAGUCCUCAAGUGGCGUCAUCGUUGACAAGACAGGUCCUCUAUCUGAAGGACAAAUUAUGGAUGGAACAAAUGAAGGUGCAGAAAUUGACAUUCAACAAAGCAGAACCCACAUAGCAGCUCACUGGAAAGCAUUUGAAGACCUUGAAAGUGAAAUCAUUCGUGUCACGUGGUGCGCCGGCUUGUCACCAGGCUCUUGCGAUCUGGUGACUGAAACUGAACUUACCACAUCCAGUACGUCCGUGAGCAAGGUUCUCGUUGAACCCGUCACGAACGGUGGGCGGUACUUUGUCACAGUGAAGGCAAUGAACGGUGCAGGUGUCCAAACCUCACUGACAUCGGAUGGAGUGACAGUGGAUGAAACGCCACCAACAUCCGGAAAUGUUAUUGAUGGAAGUGACGCAGAUGUCAAAUAUGUGAAUGGGGAACAAGACAUCC